CCGGGCAUUAGUAGUCGGGACAACUCUCCCCAUCUCGACCUCAUCAUCUAACUUUUUCUGAAAUUUCCUCUUCAAAUUCGGACUUCUGUUUAACCCCAACCACUCGUUGGCCGAUCUCAUAAAAUCUUUUCACAACCAAUUUACCACUCGUUGGCCGAUCUCAUAAAAUCUUUUCACAACCAAUUUACCACUCCUUUUGUCCACUUCUUCGAAGAUAAUAUCAAGAACCCUCCAGCUCAUGGCUCAACUCCAUUUAUUUGCCACCCGGUAGUAAGAGGACACUGCACACCCUCUAGCCUCUAGGGGAAAGUUAGAGCGGAACUGCGCAAGAAAAGAAAGAGAGGAGGAUGGAAAAGAAGAGAGUGGGCAUAGUGGGGGCGGGCGUCAGUGGUCUGGUGGCGUGCAAGCACGCGUUGGAGAAAGGCUUCUUGCCGACCGUCUUCGAGGCCGAGGCCGACAUCGGGGGAGUGUGGGCGCGCACGCUGGACUCAACGAAACUCCAGUCGCCGCGGCCGAUCUACGAGUUCACGGACUUCCCGUGGCCAGCGAGCGUGACGGAGGCGGCGCCGGACCACCGGAAGGUGAUGGACUACCUGCGGUCGUACGCCCGCCACUUCGACCUCCUUAGGUACGUCGAGUUCGAGGCGAGGGUGGUGGAAGUCGAGUACGUCGGGGCUAAGGAGGAGGAGAUCAUGGCGUGGGAGCUGUGGGCCGGAAACGGCGAGGCGUUCGGCGGUGGGCGGCGGGGGGAGUGGCACAUCGCAGUGCAGAAAGGGGAGGAUGGGUCCCCAGAGACAUACCAAGUGGAUUUUUUGAUCCUUUGCAUUGGGCGAUUCAGCGGCACACCGAAUAUACCCACGUUUCCAGUAAACAAGGGUCCUGAAGUGUUUGAUGGAAAGGUGAUCCACUCCAGGGACUACUCAAACAUGGGCAGUGCUCGCGCCACUGAACUGAUUAAAGGAAAACGAGUUACAGUGGUAGGAUUCCUGAAGUCAGCUUUGGACAUUGCAGCAGAGUGCGCGAAUGCAAAUGGGAGUGCAUCCACCCCCGGAUUCCACAAUUGGCAAUUCUUGGUUACUCGGAGAGCUUUACGAACUUACAUACAUCGGAGAUGAGAUCUAAGUGGCUAUUUCAUUUCCUCGAUGGCGGUUUUCAACUCCCCAGCAUAAGAGAAAUGGAAAAGAAUGUUUUAGAAUGGGAGAAGUACAUGAAACGAUAUUCUGGUGAGUAUUACCGAAGAUCUAGUAUUGCAGCUCUCCAUAUUUGGUACAAUGAUCAGCUGUGCCGAGACAUGGGAUGCAACCCAAGAAGGAAGAAGGGAUUCUUGGCUGACAUGUUCUUUGCUUAUGGACCUACAGAUUAUGCCAAUCUUAACCCUAGCAAAUAAGUGUUUUCAGCCAUAACACAUGGCGUAUAUAGCCUCAUUCUCGAGGUGAUCAAAGACCUAAUUAGUUCUAUUGAUGUAACAAAGAUUGUGGUGAGGCUUUGGACAUGGUCUAGUUUCUGUUCUUGUAUGUCUCCGUUGUCGAUGAACAAUGAGGAACACUGGGGGUACGUAUGCA